AUGACUGAACCCGUACUUAGUCAGGGUGUUGGUUGGGGAAUUGUGCUCGGGUUUGGUGCUUUCUUCGCCAUUGUCAUGACACUGUUGACUUUUGCUCAGAAACGUUAUCUUCAAGAGUAUCAAACCAGUGAAAUGUUUAUGACUGCUCAUCGAUCGGUAAAGACUGGUUUGGUGGCAUCUGCCGUUGUCUCUUCUUGGACUUGGGCCGCUACUUUACUUCAAUCUUCCUCUGUGGCGUAUAAAUAUGGUGUUUCUGGACCGUUCUGGUAUGCGUCCGGAGCUACCAUUCAGGUUUUACUUUUCGCUAUACUCGCCAUCGAACUCAAGAGAAAGGCUCCCAAUGCCCAUACUUUUCUUGAAAUAAUGAAUGUUCGUUACGGAAAAGCUACCCACCUUGUAUUCCUAUUUUUUGCUUUGGCAACAAACAUGAUCGUGACCGCCAUGUUAUUGCUUGGCGGUUCUGCCGUCUUGAAUGCUCUCACCGGUGUUAACACUAUUGCUUGUUGUUUCUUACUUCCCCUUGGUGUGCUUAUCUAUACCCAUUUUGGUGGAAUCAAAGCUACCUUCUUAACCGACUAUGUUCAUACCACCGUUAUUUUUAUAAUCAUUCUUUCCUUUUUGUUUACUGUCUACUGUACAUCCCCCGAAAUUGGUUCCCCUGAUAGAAUGUACGAUAUGUUAGACCAAGCUUCCUUAAAAUUAAGGGUCAACAAUCCGGAUUUGAAUGAUAACGCACAAAGUUCCUAUCUCACAAUGGAUUCUUUACAAGGGCUGAUUUUCGGUAUUAUUAACAUCGUCGGUAAUUUUGGUACUGUGUUUGUUGACAAUGCAUACUGGCAAAGAGCCAUCGCUGCCCGACCCUCAUCAACUGUCAAAGCAUACUUGAUCGGUGGUUUGGCAUGGUUCGCCAUUCCAUUCACCCUCGCCACCACCAUGGGUCUCGCCGGUGUUGCCUUGGUCGGAGCAGGAGACAUAGAUCCUUUGAAAAAAGAAGAUGUUUCUGCAGGUUUGGUGCUUCCUUUGGCCGCCGCUCACAUUUUAGGCAAGGCCGGAGCUUUUGCGGUAUUGGUAUUGGUUUUCAUGGCUGUUACUUCCGCUGCCUCCGCUGAACUUAUUGCUGUUUCAUCUAUUUACACAUACGACAUUUAUCGCACAUAUGUUCAUUCAGGGGCUUUGGGAAGUCAGGUGAUCGUCCAAUCGCAUUAUUCCGUUCUUGGUUUUGGUAUUGGCAUGGGUGCUCUUGCCGUUAUUCUCAACUAUAUUGGUAUCGACCUUGGAUACAUGUACCUACUAAUGGGUAUCAUUUGCUCGCCGGCUGUAUUUCCUGUGGCCUUUACACUUACCUGGAAAAAACAAAGUAAAAGCGCUGCUAUCAGUGCAGCGCUCAUCGGUGUUGUUGCCGGAAUUUCGGUUUGGUUAGGAACAGCCCAUAAACUUGACGGUGUGAUCACAAUCGAUUCUACCGGCAAGAACUAUCCCAUGUUGGCUGGAAAUCUUACCUCAUUGGGUGUCUCACUGAUAAUAACCUUGGUAUGGUCAACACUCGCUCCCGACAACUUUGACUUCGACGUGACACGUUCAAAACUACAAAUUCUUACUGACGAUGAAGUUUUGGAAAAUGCAAACUACCAAGAUCCAAUUGAAACGGACCCUGCUCGCCUGCAGAAAGCAUUCAACUUUGCUGUCUGGAGUAGUAUUGCGUUAACAAUUAUACUAAUAGUGAUAUGGCCAUUGCCCAUGUACUUUUCGCACUAUGUUUUCUCUAAACCAUUCUUCAAAUUCUGGGUGGCCAUCUCAUUUAUUUGGGCCAUUUGCAGUACUGUUGCAGUGGCUAUAUACCCGCUAUAUGAAUCAAAGAAAAGUAUUCAGAGUGUAUUCGGGGGAGUCAUAUCAGAUAUCAAGGGUGAACGUAUUGAACCGAAGGUUAAUGACGGCGAAAAGGAUUAUAGGGACAAUUCAAACCAAGUUAUUGUCGAAAAUAAGGCGUAA